AUGUCUUUUAUUUCUCAGAUAGCCCUGACCUUGGGCCUGACCCUGGGUGCUGCUGCCGCCCCAGACUCCAUCGUUGCGCCCAAGGGUGCUGAGACCCUUACCGUGGGCCUUCUUGGCGACUACGGCUGGACUGGUUGGCAGCCUCUUCCUCUGGACUUCUGCAACACUGCCUUGUCGAAGCUCGAGGCCGACGGCGUGGAGAUUCCCCGCCAGCUUCAAAAUGACUGCGACCCCGGUGACCGUCAGGCCAUCUCAAACGCCACUAUUGAAGAGACCCGCACGGCUCACUACAUCGAGAAGGUCUGUCUCAAAAAGGACUGCUCGGCCUUUGUCUCUGUUGGCGAUAACUUCUACGAUAGCGGGGUCGACUUCACUUCAGAGGGUAUUCAGCGCUUUUAUGAGGGCUGGGCUGACAUGUACGUCGGCGAGGCCUUCGACAACAAGACCUGGUACCAAGCUCUCGGUAACCACGAUGUCGUCGCUGGCCGUGCCGGCGUUGAUUUCCAAACCCGCAUUGCUCCCUUAAUCGAUGAUCGUUGGUACUUUGGACAUGACCAUCUGCCCUACUACACCUACGACUUGACCGGCUCCAAUUGGACUGCGACCUUUGUGGUUGUGGACUCUGAUUGCUUUAUUGAGAAGUACCAGGAAAGCACUUCCGUCUACAACACAGACUAUGUGAUCGCCUGCCACAAAGACACCCAGACGCAGGUGGAGUUCUUGCGUGAGUCUUUCGCCAAGUCCGAAGCUACCUGGAAAAUCCUGCAGAUCCACCAUGGUUACAUCUCCUCCUCGACCAACUACACUGAGCUAGCUCCCCUAAUGGAAAUUGUUCGCGAGAACAAUGCCGUCGUUGUCAACGGUCAUGACCACUGCAUGGCUCACUACCAGUUCGAAGGCACUGACUAUGUUCUCACUGGCGGCGCAGGCUAUGCCGAGGCCGGCGACUGCAACUACGGUGCCGCUAACGGCUUUGUGACUCUUGACAUUAACUACAACGCCUUGCAAUUUGAGUACUACGCCCGUGACAUGCGCCUUAAGGGUGCUGAUUAUUACCCUGUCAAAGACGACAUGGAGCCCUCAUAUAGCUUCACUGUUACCAAGCACGCAACCAAGGCUUAG